AUGGUGUUAAAAUCUACUUCAGCGAGUGAUAUCUCGGUUUACCAAGUUUCAGGUACAAAUGUUGCGAGAUCGCUGCCAGAUUGGAUAGCGAAGAAGCGUAGAAGAAAUCUGAAAAAUGACUUAGAGUACCAGAACCGUGUGGAACUGAUCCAGGAUUUUGAGUUCAGUGAAGCUUCAAACAAGAUUAAGAUAUCUCCUGAUGGGGAAUCCGCUAUGGCAACAGGUACUUACAAGCCGCAGAUUCACGUUUAUGAUUUCGCCAAUCUCUCAUUAAAGUUUGAGAGACACACAGAUUCAGAGAAUGUCGAUUUUUUGAUACUCUCAGAUGACUGGACCAAGAGUGUGCAUCUACAAAAUGAUAGGAGUAUACAGUUCCAAAAUAAAGGUGGUUUGCAUUAUACAACACGUAUUCCCAAAUUUGGAAGAAGUUUGGCUUAUAACAAGAUAAAUUGUGACUUAUAUGUUGGGGCUAGCGGUGAUGAGUUAUACAGGUUAAAUUUAGAGCAAGGAAGAUUUUUGAAUCCUUUCAAGCUUGACACAGAGGGAGUAAAUCAUGUAUCUACAAACGAUACAAAUGGGUUGAUAGCUGUUGGUCUCGAAGAAAACGUCGUUGAGUUUUGGGAUCCGAGGGCGCGUUCUCGUGUAUCAAAACUUCAUCUGGAAAAUCAGUUCGACAGUUCACCUUUCCAGGUUACGGCGACAUCCUUCCGUGAUGAUGGUUUGAAUUUUGCAUGCGGUACUUCAAGCGGUUACUCAUACUUGUAUGAUUUACGAUCACAAGAACCUUCUAUUGUUAAAGAUCAAGGUUAUGGUUAUGAAAUAAAGAAAAUAAUCUGGCUGGAUAAUGUCGGGACAGAGAACAAGAUCUUAACCUGUGACAAGAGAAUCGCUAAGAUUUGGGAUAGAAUCGAUGGGAAAGCUUACGCCUCGAUGGAGCCAAAUGUCGACAUCAACGACAUCGAGCAUAUCCCUGGUACAGGUAUGUUUUUCACUGCCAAUGAAGGUAUACCGAUGCACACAUAUUAUAUACCCAAUUUGGGCCCAUCUCCACGUUGGUGCUCAUUCUUGGACUCGAUCACAGAAGAACUUGAAGAGAAGCCGAGCGACUCCGUUUACUCCAACUACAGGUUUAUCACGAAGGAUGAUGUCAAGAAGUUGAACUUGGCGCACUUAGUGGGUUCCAACGUUCUCAGAGCUUAUAUGCAUGGUUAUUUCAUUAACACGGAGCUUUACGAUAAGGUGUCGUUGAUCGCCAAUCCAAACGCCUACCAGGAUGAAAGAGAGCGUGAAAUCAGACGCAAAAUCGAAAAGGAGAGGGAGUCCAGAAUCAGAACGUCCGGUGCCGUUAAGAAAGCCAGCAUCAAGAUCAACAGAUCUCUGGCGGACAAGAUCUCGCAGAAGCGUGGUGACUCUGCUGCUGAGAAGGUUCUUACUGAUGACCGUUUCAAGGAGAUGUUCGAGGACGAAGAUUUCCAAGUUGAUGAAGAUGCAUAUGAUUACAAACAAUUGAAUCCAGUGAAAUCCGCAAAGGAAACCGACGAAGGUGCCGCUAAGCGUAUCAGAGCUCUAACUGCAGCAGAGGAAUCUGAUGAGGAGAGAAUAGCUAUGAGAGAAAACCGCGGUCAACAGUCAUCUAGCGAGGACGAGAGCAGUGAUGAAGAAGAUGAAGAAGAGAAACAGGCAUUGACCAAGAAGGAUGAAAAGAGGAUACAAAGACAAUUAAAGGCCAUCGAACGUAAGAAGAAAGAGAGAAAUGCAGCAGACAAAUUCAUGAAUGAGAUGCAUGUAGGCGCAACCGACACAGAUGACCUCGAUGUCAAGAAAGUUACCUUCGAUGAACAAGUACGUGAAAUGGAAGGAAAGGAGAAAGAAAAGAGACCAGAUGAUUCGAUCAUACACCGUACCCAUUUUGGUGAAGCUGAACUAACGUUCGUACCCAGCAAGGGCAAACCAAAGCAGCGCAAACCAAGAAGAUCUGAUAGUGAUGAUGAAGAUGAGCAAGAAGGUCGCGAAGACAGGGGUAGAACAAAGCCAAGAUUCGAUGGCAGAAGACGUGCCAGUAAGAAUGUCUUCCGUGGUAUGUGA